AUGAGUUUGGUACUGAGAAAUCUACAGCGCGCAGUUCCCAUUAGGAGAGUCCCUCUGCGCAAGAAGAUUGAGAUCCUGAGGAGCAUCUUAGGAGUACAGAAGUUUGACCUGGGAGUUAUCUGUGUUGACAACAAGAAUAUUCAGCACAUUAAUCGAAUCUACAGAAAGAAAAAUGUUCCUACGGAUGUGCUUUCUUUUCCAUUUCAUGAGAAUCUGAAAGCAGGUGAAAUUCCCCGGCCGGCCUUGCCAGAUGACUAUAACCUGGGAGACAUCUUCUUAGGAGUGGAGUAUAUCUUCCAGCAGUGUAAAGAAAAUGAAGACUACUAUGAUCUCCUGACUGUGACAGCCACCCAUGGGCUCUGCCACCUUCUGGGGUUUACACAUGACACAGAGACCGAGUGGCAGAAGAUGUUCCAGAAGGAGAAGCUUGUCCUGGAGGAGCUGAACCAGCACAUGGGCACCAGGCUGCAGCCUCUGAGCAAGGGCCUCUUCUGA